UGCAUGUGAGAAGGGUGCUGAAGGCUGUUGAAUGAAAAAGUUAUAUUGUCGUGUAGUCAAGCAUGGUACUAAUAAUUUAGGAAUGCUAGAAUACAGAAAGGAGGCCUAGUUGGUAUUGAAAUUGCUAUGGAAGGCAACAGUACCACGUCUGGUGGCCCGACCGACAUCAACAAUCUUUUUCCAGCCUUGGUCGAGUGUUUUGCAAUAAUUCUCUUGGGUUAUGUAAGUGGACGGUUUGGAUUCAUAUCGACUGCUCAAGGAAAAGGAAUAGGGAAUUUCGUCUCUCAUUUUGCUCUACCAGCACUUCUCUUCAAGUCUAUGGUUGAACUUGAUUUCUUAAAAGUCAACUGGAAAUUUCUUGCUGCUAUUUUGAUAGCUAAGGGAAUAGUGUUUAUUAUUGUAGUGGUGUUAACUUUGAUUCUUGGAAAGCCGCAGAAAUAUGGAAGAGCUGGAAUAUUUGCUAUCUUCUGUACACAGUCCAAUGACUUUGCCUUGGGUUUUCCUCUAUUGAAGGCACUUUACCGUGACUCAAUGCCAGAUUUUCUCAGCUACAUCUAUCUUCUUGCUCCAAUAUCGGUAGUACUGCUAAAUCCUAUAGGCUUUAUCUUCUUGGAGUUUAACAAGCAUAGUGACCACCUUAACCUUAAAAAGGGUCAUGUUGCCAUAGCAACUAUCAAAGGAGUUAUACUAAACCCUAUUGUAUUCAUGACGUUCAUUGGCAUCAUUGCAAACUUUAUUCUACGACAAAAGGUUCCAGUAAUUAUCAAUGGGUUUCUUGAUGUCCUGAGUUCUUCAUUUUUUGCAAGUGCACUCUUCUUUCUUGGUUUAAAAAUGGUUGGAAAUAUGAAAAAGAAGAUGGGAUAUGGAUUGAUUGUUCCUUUGCUUCUCAUUUUCACCAAAAUACUGUUUGUCCCACUACUAGCAAGAGAAUUCAUCCAGAUCCUUGAUGUUGGUGGAUCUAAUAAUACUCUCACCAAUGAAUGGAGUAUGUUUGGUUUUCUGUAUGGGACUAUUCCAACAGCUCCAACAGUGAUCAUAUUUGCUUCCAGGUUUGGUGUAGCAGAAGAUUUGAUUGCAACUGGUGUAGUACUAGGAACAUUUCUAUCAGCUCCAGUCUUGUAUACAUCGGCCAGAAUGAUUGCAAUAAAAUACACUCCAGCGCUUCGGUUACAUUACCACAGCAUCAUAGGAAAAACUAUAUAUGAUGCCUGUGGAGUUAGUAUUCCUUUUGGGUUGUGGGUGAUAGCAAUGCUUCUACUGGGAAGGCGGUGGAGACUUCUUCCACAAAAGUAUACACUACACCUUGUAGUAUCCCAGGUCAUUUUUUCAUCUUUAACUCUCCUUACUGACAUUGACUGCACCUUCAAGUACUGGCAUUUGGUAUUAUUUGCAUCAAUAAGUGUCACUGGUCUUCUAUGCAGAUGUUGGACUGCAAUGCUUGCAUUUAGUUUGUGUCUUGUCAGGUGUAAAGGGGGAUCUAUCAAGACUUGGCAACCAUGGAUCUACUUCUUUUCUUUUGGGCUGCCAGUUGUCUUCACUGGCAUGAAACUGUGCUUUGUGGUGUUAAAACAGCCUGCUCAUGACACUCAGCCAUACUUGGCUUAUGUUCAAAACCAGAGGGCAGUUCUUGUACUUGAAGUCAUAGCUCUGGCUCUGUGCAUUAUCAUCAUCAUUUGGUCCCUCAUUCGACUUCAGCGCUGUGACAAAUUUUGCAAGUGUCCUAAAAGUGUACGAAGACUAUCUUCACCACAUUUAACAGGACUAAGUAACACAGACGAAGAAUGCAAAGCCAGGUGUAAUCGCUGCCAAGAGAUAGAAAAAGAAAUAACCCAGAACGACUGUGGUUCCUCUAACGACAACUGCUGUACAAACGUAAAGACAUCAAACACUGUUUUGGACAUCGAGAGCCUGGAUGAGAGCACGUGUCUUUUAUCCAGUGGAAAACGUAAUACUAGAUAUGUGGACAGCGACUCAGUGCCAAGUGAGCUAAAUGAACUGGAAACAGCCUUGAGCUUGCAGGAGUAUUACGAGGAUGGAGACAAGCACCAGCUUGUUCAACAUGUGAUUCUUAUUCUCAUUUUGGCCUUCUCGUUCUGUGUGGGAUUGUUCAUGUGUGUUUGGUACCUGACAAACGAAUCUCGGAAGAGUGGUUUAUUCAUCGCUAUGAGAGUACUGGAUAUGAUUUUAUUGUUUGGCCAGGGUUUUAUUACAUUUGCCUGCUUUGGGAUGGACAAACAGCUUAUCAUCGUACCAUUCGUCAAACGAUUCCGCAAACUGUUUUAUGGCGCCGAAGCCGUGACGCUAACGCCUCCUGAUGAAUUGAGUCCAGAGGUCGUGCACUUGUGUGAACAAUUCUCGAAACAUCAUAGACAGAAGUGCAAAAGAGCUCUAGUCGAAAACAAAACGUAUCACUUCCGUACAUAUCACAACGUAUUCUGUGGUGAUCAGCUUGUCAGUUGGCUUGUAGACUUGGGUUUGGCAGAAGAUCGAGUAGCCGCUACGAAUUAUGGGAACAGCUUGCUUCAAGGACGCCUCAUCGAGCACGUGACUAAAGAGCACUUUUUCUACGACCUGCCCUAUUUCUAUCAUUUCUGUUGAGAUAAUCUGUUAGGUUCGAAUCCAUAUUUAUGACGAUGAAGAUAAUGACCUGUCAGUGGUUAUGACUAAAUGUUUCAAAAUUUAAUUUCACUAAGUUUAAUUUGAAGGAAGAUUGACAUACCUUGUGAUGAUACAUUCUCGUACCCAGACCCUUCUAUUCGAUUACGCUUUCCGUGAGAAAGCUGAGAGGGGACUGGGUACGAGAAUGGUGGUGAUAGGGUCGUGGACUGCGUGGGGUAUGAGGUGGGGGAUCUUCUUGAUAUCAUCAAAGCUAUUGUCGGUAUUUUAGUCAAAACUAGUGGCCUAUCAUCAAUGCUGCGUUCUGAUUGGAUGAGCUACUACUAGGCUAUAAGUUGUAUCCUACUAAUAGCGAAAACUGCCGGCUUUGAAAAGUACGGAUAUAUCAUAUCAACUGAGAUGUUCCCAUAUCUUUCCAAAAAUCAAGGCCAAAUUCCUAUGCACCACUAGAUCUUGACCAGCCUUCAUCCAUACUUCGAAAAGGAAGGGAUACUUUCAUGUACUAUCAAAUUACUUCCCAGAAGUUUUCACUUCUGGGAAGUAGAGUAAACGGAAUAUUAGAAUGAGAAGGAAAAAUAAUAGCAAAAUAGGCAAAGAGUUGAUAAAUAGUGAAUCUAAAAUUAUGUAAAGGUACAUUCAAAAGAAUAAGUAAUAUUUGUAAUUAAUUAUUUAUUGUAAAAGUUAUAAAAUUGCUAUUUAAUUUAAUUCACAAUAAUGCACAUUGUUCACAAUUAAGUUUUUGAAAGAAAGGAUCUAAGUGUAUGUUAUCUUUGUAACAUAACAUGACCAAUUGAGACCCAAAUUGCAAACGAAAAAUUGAGUUUUGGUGGUCGUCAAUCAAGAAUUUUCUUUAAAAUGUCUAAAGGCCGGUUUAGACGGUACGAUUUUCGCCUACAACUAUCGUAU